AUGAAACUGAAGACAGGAGAAGUUCGGAGUGUACCCUCAGAAGAGCUAAAUCAGGGGCUGGUCCUUUCCCUCUCCGGGGAUAGUUCGACAGAUCUCUCUGGUUCCAACAUUACCGUCAGAGCAGGAGGGGAUACCCCUUCGGAAGGAACCAGUGUCGGUCUUAUAGCUGAGAUAAGCUUUCCUCCUGAAAUCGCUGCCAUCGCUUUAGGAGCUUCAACGGGCAAUGUUAACAACACGAAUAUCAACAUCAUCAUGAGUGUCUUCUCCACACCGGCACUGUUUUUCUCACCCUCGCUUCUUAACUUCAGCAAUGAGAACCCAGGUGUCAAUCGGACCGCCAACACACCUGUCAUUCUAUUAAGUGUCGGUGGGGUAAUUCUUGCAGACCUAAACCAAACGAUUAACCUGACUUUUACUGCUUUGGUGCCUGAUUACGAGAAUCAGACGUGUGUUUUCUGGGACGAGGAUGAUUCAGAGUGGUCCUCUGAUGGAUGUCAUCUUGUUCUAGAAGACUUGGAGACUACGGAGAUGUACACGUGUGCGUGCGAUCACCUUACCAACUUUGCGAUUUUAAUGGAUAUCCAUGAUGUAACUACCGAGUAUACCUACAAUAUCCUGAGCUACAUAGGGUGUGUUAUCUCUACUGUAUGUCUACUGAUCGCACUUGUGACAUACCUCUGGAAUAAGUAA